CAACUGGUCCUGUCUCUGAUAUUGAACCCCCUCCCACCCUUUAAACAAACACCACAAAAUCAAAAUCUAUAUCAACCCACAAAUACCUCUGCGUGAAAACCCCUACGAAACCACAACCAUCUUCAUCAUCUUCUUCUUCUUCUUCUUCAUAAUCUUCAUCAUCAUCAUCAUCAUCAUCAUCAGAUACCCAUAGAGCGUGCUCUCCAUGAAAGGAGACACCAAGUCCUUCAGAAUCACACCCAUAUCAUUUUUAGCCAGAACCACCAUAGCCAUCGUCCUCCUAUCCGUUGGCUACACACUUGGCCUCUUCCAUACUUCCUCAUCAAAACCACCACCAUCAUCAUCAUCAUCAUCAUCAUCAUCAUCAUCUCCUCCUUUAUCAAUUAGCCACGUUCCACUCCAACUCCAAACCAGCACCAACUUCAACUGCACCACUCUAAAGCCCAACAAAGAGUCACUGGCAGCAUACAAAGACCUUCUCCAGUUCAAGAAACAGUGCACAAAACCAGUCCCUCAACGUCAAAUCUAUGAAACAAUCCUCAACCGUAUCUGGGACGGUGUCUCCCCAUACACCGGCUUCCCAUCUCCGGCUACGGCAGAGCAUCUCCUCCCUCUCUCGUCCAAACCCCGAGGUUGGGGCUCAACCACCCCAGUUUUCCAAGAUCUCAUCUCCACAGUGCGCCCCAAAACCAUCAUCGAGCUCGGGACCUUUCUUGGCGCUUCAGCCCUUCACAUGGCUCAAAUCACUCGCAACCUCUCCCUCCCCUCCACUCUCAUCCUCUGCAUCGACGACUUCCGUACCUGGCCGGGAGCUCGCCGCCUCCUCCGCAGUGAUCUCCCUGUUCCUUACCAUGGUGAUGCUCUACUUCUCCACCAGUUCAUGUUGGGUGUGAAGAAUGCCAACGAGAGUCAUCGUGUGCUCCCAUUCCCUUUCUCUACGAGUUCCGCCCUGGUUGCGUUCUGUGAGUGGGGAAUAUACGGGGAUCUCAUCGAGGUGGAUGCCGGACAUGACUUCCACUCGGCGUGGUCGGACAUCAACUUGGCGUGGGCGGUGCUGCGGCCUGGUGGUGUGCUCUUCGGCCAUGACUACUUCACCAAGGCGGAUAACAUGGGCGUGCGCAGAGCUGUGACUUUGUUUGCUAAGGUUAAUGGUCUUGCUGUUCGUCCUCAUGGUGAACAUUGGGUUCUCUCGCCCAAGCCUCAGCCGAGUACCCUUUGACUGGCCCCUAAUGCAUGAACACGUACAGUACGUACCCCACUCAUGCACAUACGUACAAAUAUACGGAUGUCUUUUGUGGUUUAUGAUCGAUUUUUAGAUGGUUGGUUGUGAAUGAAUGCAAUUGUAGCACCACUGAUAAAUUCAGGAUGUGAUGCAUUGCCGAACUUGGCAGGAUUUUUAUAUUUUUAUAUAUGUUUUUUUUAUU